CCUCUCUAAAUUUUAACAUUGAUGGUAUGAGCCCACGUACACAUGAAUGAAUUUCACGCUGAAUGGUUUCCCUUUCCCCAAACAGAGUUCUUUCGACUGAAAAAGGCGGGAAACCAAUUUCCAGAUAUAUAUAUACAUAUACAUAUACAUAUAAAGGUAUAUAUCAUCGGACCAAGUUCGCCUUUGAUAUUCUCUCCUCCCCGACCCACGCUCUGACGGCGAACUAAGCCAAAUGGAGUCCACUCUAAAGGUUUCUCUUCUUCUCUCUCUUCAUUUUCCUUUCUUAUUUUCUCGAGAAAACCCCUCCGAUCGUUUCUCACAGUGAAAUUCUUCGGUUAUUCGACCUUCCGGCCGUACCAAAAAGAGAUUAUCGAGAAAAUUUUAGAGGGAAGAGAUUGCUUGGUCGUCAUGGCUACUGGAAGUGGCAAAUCAUUGUGCUAUCAGGUUCCUCCAUUGGUUGCAAAAAAGACUGCUGUAGUCAUAAGCCCUCUUUUAUCUUUGAUGCAAGAUCAGGUUAUGGCUUUAAGACAACGGGGCAUUAAAGCUGAGCAUCUCUCGAGUGCUCAAACUGACUCCAGUGUGCAACGCAAUGCUGAGAGUGGUCAAUUUAAUAUUCUGUACAUGACUCCAGAAAAGGCAUGUUCCAUUUCUACCAGCUUCUGGUCAAAUUUACUUAACAUGGGAAUUUGCCUAUUGGCUGUUGAUGAAGCACAUUGCAUUUCGGAAUGGGGUCAUGAUUUCAGGGUGGAAUACAAACAGCUAGGCAACUUGCGCAAUAUUCUUACAAAUGUUCCAUUUGUUGGCUUAACAGCAACUGCUACUGAAAAGGUUAGGAUUGACAUUACCGAUUCCCUGAAGAUGAGAGAUCCUUAUGUCACUAUUGGUUCAUUCGAUCGCAAUAAUCUCUUUUAUGGUGUCAAAUCUUUCAAACGUAGUUCUUCAUUUGUGGAUGAGCUUGUCGGGGAAGUCUCUAAAUGUGUGGCCAAUGCUGGUUCAACUAUUAUAUACUGUACGACUGUCAAAGAUGUUGAACAGAUUUUCAAGUCACUUCUUGAGGCUGGAAUCAAGGCUGGAAUAUAUCAUGGUCAAAUGAACAAUAAAGCUCGGGAGGAGUCGCACAGAUCAUUUAUAAGAGAUGAAUCGGAUGUCAUGGUUGCAACUAUUGCUUUUGGUAUGGGUAUUGAUAAGCCAAAUAUAAGAUAUGUGAUACACUAUGGCUGUCCGAAGAGUUUAGAGUCCUAUUACCAGGAAAGUGGACGAUGUGGUCGAGAUGGUAUAGCUUCUAUGUGUUGGCUUUAUUAUACAAGAGGCGACUUUGGAAAAGCUGACUUCUACUGUGGAGAAGCAAGCUCAGAAAAUCAAAGAAGAGCUAUUAUGGAAUCGUUUAUGGCUGCACAACAUUAUUGUAUGCUGACAACUUGUAGAAGAAAGUUUUUGCUGGACUAUUUUGGGGAAAAAUGUACACCUGACAAAUGCGGAAAUUGUGAUAAUUGCACCACUUCAAGGAACGAGAGUGACAUGUCUAGAGAAGCUUUUCUUUUAAUGGCUUGCAUGCGAGCAUGUGGGGGUAACUGGGGCCUCGGUAUGCCUGUAGAUGUUCUUCGCGGAUCUCGAUCCAAGAAAAUUCUCGAUGCUCAAGUUCGACAAAGCUCCCAUUUCAUGGGCUUGGGAGAGUUAUCAGCAAAUUGGUGGAAAGCACUAGGUUACCAAUUAAUUUCUCAUGGUUAUUUGACUGAGACUAUUAGAGAUGUCUUUAAGUUUGUAUGUGUGAGUCCUAAAGGAAUGCAGUUUCUGAGCUCUUCCAAACCUGAUCAUCAACCUCCAUUGGUUCUGCCGGUGACUGAUGAAUUGUCUGGCAAUGAGAAACCUAGAAACAAGCUAGGUGAAGUUAAAGAGUUCAUUGGUUUGUCUCCUCUGGAAUAUGAGGGUCUGUCAGAGGCUGAGGCACAACUCUAUAAAAUGCUUUUAGAGGAGAGAAUGAAGCUUGCAAGAGCUGUCGGAACUGCUCCAUAUGCUAUAUGUGGUGAUCAAACAUUGAAAAAGAUAGUAUUGACAAGGCCAUCUACUAAAGCGAGGCUAGCAAACAUUGAUGGUGUCAACCAGCACCUCUUGACAAAGUAUGGGGAUCAUUUUCUUCGUAGUAUUCAACGUCUAUCACAAGGGUUGAACCUUUCUUUGGACGACGAUGCAAGCAUACAACCAAAUAUUACAAAACCAGUGUAUACAACACCAAACCAAGAAAGGAAAUUGACACCAGCAAGGUUUGAAGCUUGGAGAAUGUGGCAUGAGGACGGUCUCUCAUUUCAGAAAAUUGCUAAUUUUCCCGGUAGAUCAGCUCCAGUUAAAGAGGACACUGUUAUUGGAUACAUCGUUGAUGCUGCACAAGAAGGAUGUGCAAUUGAUUGGAUCAGAUUCUGUCGGGAGAUUGCACUAACUCGUGAGCUGUUUGCAAAUAUUCAGGCCGCCAUCUUGAAGGUUGGUUCAAAAGACAAGUUGAAGCCUAUCAAAAAUGAGUUGCCAGAAGAGAUAAGUUAUGCACUUAUCAAGGUAUGUUUGGCAAUACAAGAUUUGGGGAUUUCAGCAGAAGUAAUUCCACCAGGUCACUGCAGAGCUGAUGAACAUUCUAAUGUAACAUCAGUGUUACUACCAACAUCCAAUCAUCCAUGCCACACGGAAGGAACUCGUGAAUUUCGAAGAUCAGUUGAGAAUGCUGUUGGUCAUUAUACUGAUGAUCUACUUUCCCCUAGCAAACGACAUAAAGUCAAUGGAAAAGAAGAAAAUUCACUUGCACCGGAGGCAACAGAGAGUUCAAUGUUAAGUUGGCUUGAGAACUACAAAGAUGGGGUUUCCCUAUCUGAUAUUUUGAAGCACUUCAAUGGAUCCACGGAAGAGUCUAUUGUUGAAAUGCUGAGCUGCCUUGAAAGUGAGUUCUUGAUAUUUAAGAAGAAUAACCUGUAUAGGCUUAUGUAAUAUAUGUCAAGCUUGUUUGCCUGAAGCCUUUCUUGUGUAGUUAUAAAACUUCAUUAAUAGAAAGUUUAUGUAGCCAGUAUAACACUUGGCAAAUUCUUAUGGAAGUGACUUCCUUAAUUUGGAAAUUUUUGGUAAAUAUGUUGGCUCUAUGUAAAA